CAGCCGUAAAACAGGAGCAGGAGGUGAAAGGAGAGGAGCGAGGGAUGGGAGCGGAGGAGCAGGAGGAGGCCGCAGCUCCUCUGGAGGGGAAGAAGCAACAGAAAACCUCCAAAGACGUUUAUUUCUGCGUCCUUCCGGAUAAAUACGAACCGCUGAUAGAGGAGGGAGAGGAGGAAGAGGAGGAGAGGAGGAGGAGAAAGGAGGAGAAGAAGAGAAAGAGGAAGAAGAGGUGCAAGAAGUGUCGGAAGAACAUCUGUAAAGCCCUGCGGUACAGCUGGCGCAUCUUGCUGGCCGGCGUGCAGAGCAUGGCGUCCGCCUACUCCACGCCGCUCUCCGCCAUGCCCACCGUGGUGAUGGAGAUGAGGCGACCUGGAGACAGCAUGGCAUGAUGGGACUUCUGGAGUUUACCCUGGACUUUUCUGUGUUUCUUGUUAUACAUGAACUGAUGCAGUGGAAAUGUUUACUGAUGUGUUGAAUAAAGUGAUGAUGUUGAACCUGGUCCCUCUGAA